CUUUGAAUUUACCUGCAGUGUUUAGAAGCUCAAACUUUACAUCCUCAUCCUCCGUUCAAACCCUUCUCUCCUCUCUCUCUGAUCUGAUAGCAAUUUCUUUUAUAUUAUUUGUGCGAGCCUCUUUCCUUAUCAUAAAUAUAUAUGUAUAUAUAUAUUAGAUAGACACUUUGUUUGUCUAAAACCCUAAGAGCUGCUACUAUUGCUUUGCCAACUCCAACUUCAAGUGCAGAUUCAGUUAGGCUUGUUACAUAAGGAUGGCGAGAAAGAUGCUUAUUGAUGGGGAGCUGAGCCAGCCUAAUGGGGAGGAAGGCCAUUAUGAUUUUGACUUGUUUGUCAUUGGAGCUGGAAGCGGCGGUGUUCGUGCUUCAAGAUUUUCUGCUAAUUAUGGAGCCAAGGUUGGAAUUUGUGAGCUUCCAUUUGAUCCAGUCAGCUCAGAAGUUCUUGGAGGAGUUGGUGGAACGUGUGUCCUUCGCGGUUGUGUUCCCAAGAAGAUUUUGGUGUAUGGAGCAUCUUUUCGAGGUGAACUUGAGGACGCCAAGAAUUAUGGGUGGGAACUGAAUGAGAAAAUUGACUUCAACUGGAAGAAACUUUUGCAUAAGAAGACGGAAGAAAUAGUCAGAUUAAAUGGAAUUUACAAGCGGUUACUGACGAAUGCUGGGGUUAAAAUGUAUGAAGGAGAGGGAAAGAUUGUUGGUCCCAAUGAAGUUGAAGUGACACAACUAGAUGGCACUAAAUUGAGCUAUACUGCUAAGCACAUAUUGAUUGCAACUGGCAGCAGGGCUCAACGUCCCGCUAUCCCUGGCCAGGAGUUGGCUAUAACCUCUGACGAGGCAUUGAGUUUGGAGGAGUUACCUAAGCGUGUUGUGAUACUUGGGGGAGGGUACAUAGCUGUCGAAUUCGCUUCAAUAUGGAAUGGGAUGGGUGUGGCUGUUGAUCUAUGUUUCAGGAAGGAACUUCCUUUAAGAGGUUUUGAUGAUGAAAUGAGGGCAGUGGUUGCAAGAAAUCUCGAAGCCAGGGGAGUUAAUUUGCACCCAAGGACAACUUUAUCAGAGUUAACUAAAACAGGGGAUGGCAUAAAAGCUAUCACAGAUCAUGGUGAAGAGUUGAUUGCAGAUGUUGUAAUGUUGGCCACUGGUCGGGCUCCUAAUACAAAGAGAUUGAAUUUGGCAGCUGUGGGUGUGGAACUUGAUCAGACAGGAGCUGUUAAGGUAGAUGAGUACUCACGCACCAAUAUACCUAGCAUAUGGGCUGUGGGUGAUGUUACGAACCGAAUGAAUCUUACUCCUGUGGCCUUAAUGGAGGGAACAUGUUUUGCAAAAACUGUUUUUGGUGGGCAACCUAGCAAACCAGACUUCAAAGAUGUACCCUGUGCUGUGUUCAGCAUACCAGCUCUUUCUGUAGUGGGCCUUAGUGAAGAGCAGGCGAUUGAGCAAGCAAAUGGUGAUAUUUUGGUAUUCACAUCAACCUUCAACCCAAUGAAGAACACCAUCUCUGGACGACAAGAAAAGACAAUUAUGAAGCUUGUUGUUGAUGCUGAGACGGAUAAAGUUAUUGGAGCAUCCAUGUGUGGGCCAGAUUCACCUGAGAUUAUACAGGGCAUUGCUAUUGCAGUGAAGUGUGGUGCAACCAAGGCACAAUUUGACAGCACGGUGGGAAUACACCCUUCAGCAGCAGAGGAAUUUGUUACAAUGCGGUCAGUGUCAAGGCGUGUUAGCAAACCGAAGACUAAUCUGUAAAGAUACAAAGAUCAGGGAGAAGGAAAAGGAGUGAUAAUAUGCAGUUGAAAGAGGAAUUUUCAUCCUCGUAGGUAAUGGUUUCAUAUUUCACCAAAACCACAGAAUUCGUUGUCAGAUAUUUGAGAAGGCUACGUUCAGUUUUCUGUCUCCCCCCGAUUCAUCGAAUGUCAUGAUAUGGCAGUGCUUUUUAACUUGCAGAAUAUGAUGGUGUUAGUUCAGAUAGUUAAUGCUGAAAACGAUAUUAUAUGUUCUUAGAUUCUCUUAUAAUUUGAUUUGGAUCGACAGCCAUAUAUCUUCUGAUAUGGAUGUGAUAUUAUUGCCUGGGGCCGCUGGUUUGAGCCCUUACUUUUUUUAUAGAUAUGCAAACUAGGGAUGAUAAUAUCAUUCUUUUUGGAUU